CAAGCUCCGCCUAGAGGUCGCCACCAGCUAAUAGGGACCCGGCAAUUUAGUGGUUGUUAGGCAACGAGAGAGUCCGCAGCCUAGGAGCACAGACGCCUGGAGUUCAUUCGGAAACGGGUCCUUUCAGGGAAGUAGGUCCGGCCCGCGGGUGCGGCAGGGGCGUGGCCUUCGAAGAGUCCCUCCGCGGGCGGCGGCAGGCGUGGGAGUCCCGAGGCUGAGGCGAAGGCGGUCGGCAGCGUGAGACGACGAGAAGCUUCCAGUGUCAUCAAGUGUUGUCCAUCUGUGGGAAAACCCAGAGGGCCAAGAGCUGUUAACAUCCAGUUUUGAGAAGCUGUUGGGAGAUCGAUCGGAGAGGACCAAGAAACGGUGACUGGGACUUUGGGGACAGUGAGCACAGGGAGGAGCCGGGAGCUUGGCCAGGUCCUCUAGGCACCUGACCUCCUCCAGGAAGCGGCCCCGCGCAGCCCCAGCCCCAAGAUGUCCAGCCCGUUCCUGAAACAGGUCUUCAACAAGGACAAGACCUUCCGGCCCAAGCGCAAGUUCGAGCCGGGCACGCAGCGCUUCGAGUUGCACAAGCGGGCGCAGGCGUCGCUCCACGCGGGGCUGGACCUGCGACAGGCCGUGCAGCUGCCACCAGGCGAGGAGCUCAAUGACUGGGUGGCCGUGCACGUGGUGGACUUCUUCAACCGCCUCAACCUCAUCUAUGGCACGGUGAGCGAUGGCUGCACCGAGCACUCAUGUCCCAUCAUGUCCGGGGGCCCCAAGUACGAGUACCGCUGGCAGGAUGAGCACCGGUUCCGCAAGCCCACGGCGCUGUCCGCCCCGCGCUACCUGGACCUGCUCAUGGACUGGGUGGAAGUCCAGAUCAACAAUGAGGACAUCUUCCCCACCAAUGUUGGCACCCCGUUCCCCAAGAACUUCCUGCAGGCUGUGCGAAAGAUCAUGUCGCGCCUCUUCCGUGUCUUCGUACACGUCUACAUCCACCACUUUGACUGCAUCGCACAGAUGGGCUCCGAGGCGCACGUGAACACCUGCUACAAGCACUUCUACUACUUUGUCACGGAGUUCGGCCUCAUUGACACCAAGGAGCUGGAGCCUCUGAAAGAAAUGACUGCUCGGAUGUGUCUCUAAGGCCCGGCCAGCCUCAGAGACUCACGGGAGGGUGUCUUUGAGACUGUCAGCUUCGUCCUGCAGCUGAGUGUCAUGAGGACUUUGUGUCCCUCUCUGACUGGCUGCACAAGGCCCUCAGAAGCUGGGACCAUGGAUUCCUCCCUCUGUGGCCACAAGUUGCCUCCAUGAGCCUCAGCCUUCCAUCUGCCCAGGCGGAAGCAGGACUUGAACUCUGGGACCAAGUGUCCUCAGCAACCGGGAAACCCACUGUGUCUGGGAGGGCCCGCCGCCUGCCCCCCUCAGGUCCCCCUCUGAAGACGUCCCGCCCCACCGGCUCCUUGUCCUCAUCCCGGCCCCUACCAGCCCAUUUCCAAAGAGGUACUACUGGACCCCUCAGGGCCUGCAUCACCCCCGUGUCCCUCCCUUCAGCUGCCCCAGAACAGUGGGCUCGGCCUAGUGUGGUCAUCCUGCCUCAGCCACAUGUGUCUAAGUGAUUCAAUUUGUAGAUAGCCUCAUUUACAAGCAUCUUGACAUGUUCUUAAAGAUGUUUUUAGGGACCAGGGAUUUAGCUCAGCGGUUUUGCCGCCUGCUGCGCAAGCUCAAGGUUCGAUCUCUGGUACCAAAAAAAAAGAUAUUUUUAAACCAGCCAUAGUGGCUUAUGCCUGUAAUUCUAGCACUUAGGAGGCUGAGGCAGGAGGAUCACCUGAAGUUCAAGGCCAGCCUGGGCUACAUAGACAGACCCUGUCUCAAAAAAAAAAUUGUUGGGGCCGGGGACUUAGCUCAGUGGUUCUGGCACCUGCCUCACAAGUGCAAGGUCCCAAGUUCGAUCCCCUGUACCAAAAAAAAAAAUUGUUUUUUAACCAGUAAACAGUGAGCCUGCCUUCUCUGGAGUUUUUCCCCUCCAUCACAGGGUGCCCAGGAAUGAAUUCCCCUGUGGCCGACUCCCUCAUCCACCCAUGCCAGGAAUUGGUCCAGCCUGGGUGCCUGAGAACCUUCUGGCAAAAACCAUUUGUAAGCUGGGCAUGGUGGUGCCUGCCUGUCAUCCUAGCACUCUGGGAGGGUGAGCCAAAAGGUUCACAGGUUGGACCACAGCCUGGGCAAUGCAGCAACUUACCAGGACCCUGUCUCAAAAUUUUAAAAGGGCUGGGGAUGUAGCUCAGUGCAGAGGCCCUGGGUUUCAUCCCCAGUACCAUAAAAACAAGCAAACAAGAUAAUCACUGUGUGUGGCCCCUGCUGGGCCACAGGACCUGACCCCAACCUCCCCCUCACCUUUGAGGACUGUGAGUGUGGGGCCCAAAGGGAGCCACGCCUGCCCUAGCUGCACCCCACCAGAGUUGUCAGUGGCCUGUGACCCCAGCAGCCCUUCCCUGUCCCCAAGCGCUGUACCCAACCAUGCAUAAUUCUGGUGCCUGGGGUGCUUGCAGCUGAACAAGUGCAAUUAACACAGUGUCACCACUGAGCACCAAGCUCUGGGGACUCAUCCUUGGUCCCCCUAGAGACCACCAGGCAGCACUCAGAGCCCCAGGACUCUUGAAGCCCGACACAGUGGCCUGGCUGUGUCUCCUGGAUGUCGACGUCCCAGCAGCCUAUGGGCCUGCCUGGGGCAGAGGUGCCGCCCCCAUCCCUGUCCUCACUGCCCUCGCUCCAUCUUGCCCAUCUUGCCCCCAACCCCAACGUGAACAUGAGAAUAAACUGUCAUUUUGAUACCAGG